CCGUGUAUGCUGCGGAAGUUGUACUCUACUCGUGCUGAAAAGGGCAGUCAUAUUCGCAACUGAGAAGUACCCGUAUGCAAGCCCGACUGGUAGAGGAUCUAAUAAAAAUGGCUGAUUCAGUCUCUUCUCGGUUCCUGGUUUUAGUCUUGAACGCACUUGUUCUUGGACUUAUCUCGACGAUACCUUGCGCAAAUGGGGCUAACUUCUUGGCAACGCUGUUCCAUCCGGCAGGACAGGCAUCGCAUUACCGCUUUAUUGCACGAAUCACCUCUGGUCUAAUGGCUAGAGGACACACGGUAACGCUCUUGGUUACUGAUACGUAUGAGCUCAAAGGUUUCGAUAAAGAUAAUGUCGCUACCAGGAUUAUAAAAUUUAAGACAACCACCUCGUCGCCCAUUAAAUCCAUAUUUAACGACAUGCUCUCAACACCUGACCAAGCCGAACCCGGUAUUCUGUUGACGAUGAAGAUGUUUCUGGCCCUAAGAGACUACUCCCUUCAGAGUUGUGAAGAUUUGUUCAACGACCGUGAACUAAUGAUUGACCUCCGGAAGCAAAACUUUGACCUCGUCCUCCUUCAAAUGUUCGUACCCUGUGAUCCUUUGGUGGCUGAGUAUCUAAAGGUACCUUAUAUUGCUAUGACGCCAAGCUCCAGGUUUCCUGCUUUCGACGAGGACGUCUACAACAUGGAGAUGCCGUCAUCGUAUGUACCAUUUGAAAGUAUGAGCGACCUCACAGAUGAGAUGAGUUUUGUCCAACGGGUGCAGAACUUCGUUGGACGAUACGGAAUGUUGAAGUUUAUACAGUACCUGAACACGAGGCCGUAUCGUAAGUUACAGCUUGAGCACAACAUUGACCCUACAUCCUCGAUCCGGGAGAUUUCUGGACGAGCUGAACUGUGGUUGUGUCACAUUGAUUUCGCUCUUGAGUUUCCCCAUCCUACUGCUCCCAAUUGGAUAAUGAUAGCUGGUCUGGUGGCAGAAGGAGAGACCAAACCUCUAACUCAGGAAUUGGAAUCGUUCGUUCAAGGAUCGGGAGAACAUGGUGUCAUUGUAUUUAGCUUGGGUUCGACCGAUGUAAAUCUGUUAAGUGGGCGAAUGAACGAAGACUUCGCAAAGGCUUUCAGUGAAUUGCCGCAGAGGGUGCUAUGGAAAUAUGUUGGCCCUCCUCUACGUAACCUUGGUAACAACACUCGCCUGAUGUCGUGGUUACCACAGCGUGACCUCCUCGCCCAUCCCAAAACGAAACUUCUGAUAUACCACGGAGGUCUCGCCGGUGUCUACGAGGCUAUGCACUUCAAGAAGCCCAUGGUUCUUAUACCACUCUUUGCUGAUCAGCCCUCCGUAGCGGCCCGUAUCGCAAAGAAGAAGAUGGGUGCUGUCCUUAAAAAGUCAACACUCUCAGCUGACCUCAUCAGAUCAACUAUUAACCAAGUCCUGACAGACCCAAGUUACCAAGCCAACGUUGAGAAGUAUGGAUCCAUCAGCAAAGACACGAUCGUCAGCCCGCUGGAGACAGCUAUGUUUUGGAUCGAACAUAUCGUCAAAUUUGGCGGUUCACAUCUUAAAUCUCGAGCUGGAGAGAUGAACUUCGUCGCCCUCAACUCUCUGGAUGUCAUUGCUUUUCUCCUCGUCAUCGUCCUACUCGGGCUUUAUAUCGACUACCUUAUCUUGCGAUCAUGUUACCGAUGUAUUACCAGAGGGAAAACCACGGCGAAACCUAAAUCGGACUAAAUGAUCUGAAAUCCUAUCAAUAAAAGUUCUUUUUUUUAACUUUCUAAACUAAAGAAAAAAAAGCGACAUUUUUACUCAUUUUUUAAUCAUUUAAUUGAUAAUGAAUUUAGAAAAUAAGAUUUUUCAGACUAUUCAUUUAAUAACAAGUGAAAGUCAUUCUUAAUCGAGUGAAAUUUUUUUCAAUACCUCCGAACAUUUAAUCAUUUACUGGAUGAAGUGCAAAUAGAGGACUAACCUCAAAUUCACUGAUGUGGUUUACUGUACACCAUGUGGAGAGUUAUAGAAACAGUGGAUAGAAGAAGAACAGAAAUGGAUAGGCGAGAAAGUGGAAAUUAGAGAGUAGAGUAUUCUUUUCUUGAAUGUAGUCCUGAAAAGGACUGUAAACCAAAAAAGAUUGAUGAGUUGAAAAGCAGCUUGAGUUGUAGGAUGGAUAUGGAGAUGCUGGCUUGAGUCGGCGAGUAGAGAUGAUGAGCAGAAGCAGUAGAGAGACGAAAAUCAGUUUGUCAUGAAGAAUAUUAUUAUAUGUUAUGUUUAUAGAUGAAGGCGAAUACCCCAAAAGCAAAUUCUUGUGGUGGGAUACGACUAUUAUACAGUAAACAAUACAAAGAAAAGAUAACAGCAAAAUUAAUGUUUAGACAUUUGCGAAUUUUAUUGUGAAAUAAAAUGUGAUUUUGUAUACGCAAGAGGAAUCAUAAGUACUCUCAAUUUUGUUUUUCUUACGCAUCACCUUAUAGGUAAAUCCGUACCAUAAAAAAUUAUAUACUUUGGACUAUACAUAUAAUAUUAGGCCUACUUAAUUUCUAUUUGACAGAAAGUACAAUUUGUUUUGUCAAAGUAAGAU